GAUCCUCAUUAUCAGGCUAAAAUGUUGCGAGCAGCAGUGAUACUAUCGUUAUGCUUUGUAUACUCUCUCGCCUACACAAUUCCAGCCUCAAUGAGUGCAAUCCCUGAGGAGUUCAAAGAAUUCAUACCCGAAAAAGUGCGAGAAUUCUACAAGCAGUUGACGCCCGAGGAUAAAGAAGCACUGCGUGAAGUGGUUGCUGGACAUGCUGAUUAUGCAAAUGUUGAUGACGCAUUGAAUGCGCUGAAAGAGAAAAAUGAGAAAUUAUACCAGAAGGCACUUGAAGUCUUCGAAAAAAUGAGGGAGCUCCGUCCAGCAGCUGGUGAAAAGCCAAAUCUUGAGCAGGUCAAGACAGCAGUUCGUGAAGUGGUCGACAAAUACAAGGCUCUACCAGAACCUGCCAAACAAGAUCUGAAAACGCACUUCCCAACUGUCACAAGACUCAUCCAAACUUACUACGUGCUUACAUUCGCAUCGAAGGUGCGUGAUCAAAUGGCAUGCAAUCGUUUUCUAAUGCCAUUUGACCCACGACAACACUGGGUUGUUGGACCGAACGUCCUAUCGUCCGAUGAAAAAUUCAGAAAACUCGCCAAGGGAUUCCUCAACAAACAACCUUAAAAUAGCUCAAUUAUGACUGUCGCUCUCAACUGUUAAAGCAUUUUCAAGACAAACAAUCCAUCAGACUAUCCUCUUCAAUCAACAAGAAUAUCCUCUUAAUUAAAUGCACUCAUCGAAGAAUAAAAUACAAUUAAUUAAAUAUUGUUAUCGUUAAACAUUAACUGGUCAUUAUUUAUCUAAUGCAUUUAUAAAUGUGAUCAUCACUUUUUCGACAAAUAAAUGUUUUCCUUUUCUACAA